AUUUUUCAAUGAUAAUUUAUUUAUAAUUCUAUUUGUAUCAACUGUUAGGAAUCAAUAAAGAAGCAAAUUGUCUUAACAGCAGAAGUGACAGAAAGAAACGAAGUAGUAACGUCUCUGCAAAAACAAGUAACUAUGUUACAAGAGCAAUGUCGUUCUACAAACAUGCAAAUUCAUUUUAAAGAAGGCAUUAUUAAAGAAAUGCGAAGAAAAUUAAGACGAACUAAGUUUCUAUAUUCUAACUUCUUUCCUUAUACUUCUAAUCGUUAUGACAAAGUUACUAUUGACAAUCAAGAAAUGGAAUCUUUUUAUAAAUUAUGUGAGAAAAUUAUGAUACCAAAAAUGAUGUAUACAUCUGCUGAGCACAAUAAUGAUUCGUUUUUGCAAACUUACAUUAACACUAUUUUAAAUCAUAAUAAAUUAAUAAAAGAUGUAUCUAUAAUGAAAACAAAACACAAUAAUUUAAAAACAAAAAUAAUAAAUUGUCAUAAAAAUACUGAAUAUAAUAAAAUUGAUAUGUAUAAGAGUUUUCAUGAUAUUGAUAAAAAGAUCUUGAAAUAUAGCAAAAAGCUACCAUCUGUUAAUACACACAAACAAUUAAUUGUUUCAAACAGUUGUAACAAUUGAACAACAA